ACUUUACAAUAUGAAAUACAAGACUCAAAAAGGAAAAAUAAUUAGCGUUUUGCCUGAUAGCGGCAAUAAUGAUGUUUUCGCGAGCAUUAACGUUCAAAGGUACGAUUCUUAAUACUAUAUUGCUGUAUAUUGGAAGAAAUCCAUUACUAAACGACAGUCAUUAAAUUUAUUGAAUUUUUGAAUUAUUUUAUAUAUGCGUAGAAAAAUUUAAAAAAAUUAUUAAAUGCGCGCGGAAGUCGUGAUAUGCACCGGAUAUGAUUACAUCGAAACUAUUUCUUUAUCAGAUUAUUAAAAACCUUUUUUCUAAUUGAUUUAAAUCAGUUUGAAUAAAAUUUAUAUUAAAAUUUAGAUAAAUAUUAGGAUAUAUACUUAUUUAUGUAUAGAAAAAUUUGCGUUUUAGCUGUGCGGCACUUUUUAACGCGCAAUAACCUAGGCGGAAGUAGCCGUAACCUUUCUUUCUAUACGCGGUAUAGUCUACUCUCAACAUGUCUAAUGCCGAAAAUGAUGUUAAAAGGUAAAGAAAUUCAUUCAUAGCUUUUGUAGAGUGUUAGAAACAACCAAAAAUACUUUUGUCUGGGAAUACUAUUAUAUUAAACGAAAAAUGAAAAUUUGUACUGGUGUAAUUAUGGCACUAAAAAUGUAAAACGUGACUGCAAUCUUCCAUCUGAAAAUUUUCAAGAUGGCGACUACCGAAACACGUGAAACCAAAUUUUACUAAAAGUACUAUUUUGUAAUUACUUUUAAAGGGUGAAAUUAUCAUUUUUCUUUGGUCCGAACUGUUAGAGAAAUAUGUUAUGAUUUUUAAUGGCGAAUUGCAGUCAUUAUUUGAUCUUACUCUUUUCCGCAUUUUACCGACUGGUGACAUUUUACAUAUAAUUCACCUGAAUUCACGUUUUUUCAGGCCUCCUUCGUCGGGACCUACUGAAAACCUUAGUGUACAAGAUGGAUUAUUGGAAUCCAACUGGGAUGAAGUUGUUGAAAAAUUUGACGAUAUGAACUUGAGAGAAGAACUCCUUAGAGGUAUUUACGCCUAUGGUUUCGAAAAACCAUCUGCUAUUCAGCAAAGAGCCAUUAUCCCCUGUGUAAAAGGACACGAUGUCAUUGCCCAAGCGCAAUCCGGAACUGGAAAGACGGCCACGUUUUCUAUUGCUAUCUUGCAGCAAUUGGACAUGACCAAGAGAACUUGUCAAGCUCUUGUUCUGGCUCCAACUAGAGAACUGGCUCAACAAAUCCAGAAAGUAGUUAUUGCCCUUGGAGACUACAUGGAAACACAAUGCCAUGCUUGCAUUGGAGGAACUAAUGUACGUCAUGAUAUGGCUACCCUUCAAGCAGGCGUUCAUGUUGUUGUCGGCACUCCUGGUAGAGUGUAUGAUAUGCUGCAGAGACGAGCCUUGGACCCACAAGACAUUAAGAUGUUUGUGUUGGACGAGGCUGAUGAAAUGUUGUCAAGAGGAUUCAAGGAGCAGAUCUAUGAUGUAUUCAGAGCUCUGCCCCAUUCUAGUUUACAAGUUGUGUUGUUGUCUGCUACAAUGCCAAGUGACGUUUUGGAUGUUACUACACGUUUUAUGCGUGAACCGAUAAGAAUUUUGGUAAAGAAAGAAGAAUUAACUUUGGAAGGUAUUCGUCAAUUUUUUGUUCAAGUUGAACGAGAGGAAUGGAAAUUGGAUACAUUGUGUGAUUUGUACGAGACAUUAACAAUUACUCAGGCAGUAAUUUUCUGCAAUACCCGAAGAAAAGUCGAUUGGUUGACUGAAAAGAUGCAUGCCAGAGACUUUACCGUUUCCGCCAUGCACGGUGAUAUGGAUCAAAAAGAGCGAGAUAUCAUUAUGAGAGAGUUUCGAUCAGGCUCCAGUAGGGUGCUAACUACAACUGAUUUGUUAGCACGAGGUAUUGACGUGCAACAAAUUUCUCUAGUAAUAAAUUACGAUUUGCCGACAAAUCGAGAAAACUACAUCCACAGGAUUGGAAGAGGAGGAAGGUUUGGCCGUAAAGGUGUGGCAAUUAACUUUGUAACACAUGACGAUGCCAGAAUAUUAAAAGACAUCGAAACCUUCUAUAACACUCAAAUAGAGGAGAUGCCAAUGAAUGUAGCGGACCUCAUCUAACCAUCUGUAAAACUCUGUUAUCUGUUGUCUGUCGAUUGUUUUUUUUCCACCAAACAAUCUGCUUAUCGAAUUUUAUUAGGAUUUUUUUGGAAAAUAAUUCACAAAGUGUCGAUAAAAAAAGAUAUAAAUAUGUAUAAAUAAACUACAAUAUAAUCCGCUUAAGUCAAAUGUCCCCAUAUCAAUAUUCUUCUUUUUUUAGUAAAUUCCCACAGGGAAGUUGUUUCAACCUCCUACAACUAAAACGUUUUGUUAUAAAUAUUGUACUAUACUUCUAAAUUCCGUGUAUUUGAUGGUCCACUCUAUUGAUAUAACAUCAAAUUAAUAAAUGACCAUCAAAUCUCUUUUGUUUAAGUCAAUCAAGUUUAUUUAAAUUAUACUAAGCAUUUUGUUGACAUAAACGGAUUAUAGUACAGAAAACUUAAAUAAUAUAUUUGGUUUAAUACCCAUUACAAGAAAUUAUCUUUCAUUAUUUACGACUGCAUUGUGAUUGCAUGCAGAACAUCGUUCAUCGUUUAAAGCAACCUCUUAUGAAUUUGUUGAUCGUCUAGCCAAGUCCAAUUUCUAUCCUAGACAGACGAUGAAGUAAUAAUGUAAAUACUGUUUGUUACAGAAUCGGACUUUGUGCCUGCGUUGAACUUUUUAUUUUAAUGCUAAACGUUAUGUUUUCGUAUUUAUUACUCUUUAAGUCUUAUUAUGUUUUUGUGUUUCUUUUUACUUUUAUUUUUUAUUAUUUUAUGUCAAAAUCUAUAUAUAGUCUACAUAUACA